GGGCCCAAAUUUACUGAGUCUGUGCCACAAAAAGGUGCCUUGGGCCUCCUUCGAUGCAACCUGCAUAGAUUUUGUUCCUGGUGUCUGUUCUAGUACAUAUUCCUUGAAUGAGUAUUAUUGUGAUUUUCUAUCAAGAAAUUAACAUUUACCCUGGUUUGGUUGUUCAGCCAAUUAAAACAGUUCUAUUCGACUAUUAAAGUGAGAGAAUAGAGUAGAAAAAUUUAUUAUCAUUAUUUUAUAUGUGGUGGAGCCAGGCUGCAGCUAUAUUAUGGUUGUAUCAUGGAUGGGUCGGGUCGACCGGGGUGGUACUACACUUUCACAGAAUGUGAAGUACCACCAACCACCCUGUGUUAUGUUUCCAUAUCCUCCUACCACAAGCAUUAUCAGUUUACUUAGAGUGAUGAGAGAUGUAUUUGUAAUGUUCUUAGUGAUGAUAGCAGUUUGAAGUUAAUGUAGGUAAUGUAGUUGAUGGAUGUAGGUGGCUUGGAACUGUAGGAGUUUUUUUCUGCCUAGAUACCAUCAUCUUACCAUUUCCUGGCACCAAGCAGCAGUAUGUGUCCCAGUGUGAAGGACAUCGAGAGCCAGGCUGUGAUGCAUUACAUCUUAGUCCUCAGAGGUAACAUUGCAUCUGUAGCCAUUGCUUGAAGUUUGUUGCAGGUGCCCAUGGUGCCCAUUAAUCACUUACUAGAUGGUCAGUUUAUUUGUCACUUCAAUAUUAUAAAAAAUGGUGUUGACAAAGCUAAAUGUGGUAGCCAAUAGAUUUUAUUACAAACUUAUAUAUUUAAGUAGUAUUCCAUAUUUAUGAAGAUUUUCAUAUUUUCAGUUGGAUGAGAAUGAGGGGCCCAUAAUUGUCUGUUUCACCUGUCAUGCAAGACUCAUUCGUUGCAGAAGAUUACAACAACAGGCUAUUGAGUCAAAUGUGAUUCUGGAGCAGUUGCUUUCAGGAGGAUCCAUGUCAAUACCAAAACCGCAUAAGGUUAGAGGUGAGAUUAAAUUCACACCAAUUUAUCAUAUAGAUAUCUGGCCUGUAGAGUGUGAUAUAGACAAUGAUUGCAAGGACGAAAUUUUUUGCCUUGAUGCCGUUAAAAUUGAGGAAGAGAUUUUCGAAUAUGAGAAUUCCAAAUUUGAAGAAAAUGAGAAUCAUGAAACAGAACCAUACAUCAUACCGACAAAUCAUUUUUCAAAAGCGUCUGAGAGCAAGAUUAAAUCAAAUUCUACUGAUUGUAACAUAAACGAUGUUCGUAAAGGAAACCUUGAUUUAGAAAGCCCUACUAUUAAAUCAAAGCCUAAAGUCAAAAAAGAUAAUCAACCAAUUAAUAAAAAAGGAAAGCAUCCUGCAAAUAUUAUGAGAAAGAAAAUAUUGAAACAAAAGAGUGUAAAUAUACUCACGAAAAGAACGUCAGGGGCAUCAACAAAAUACAUUUUUGAAUGUGAUGGUUGUAGCAAAAAAUUUUCAACAAAAGACAUUCUUGCCAAACACAUUUCAUACAGUCAUAAGACGCAAAAGAACCAAAAUAACACCACUGCAGUUCGGACACAACUUGAACAAACUCCAGUACCACAACUAACGGAAAUAUUUAAUUGUGAUAUUUGCGAAUUUAAAACAUCUCAAAAAGGUCGCAUUUUGGCACAUCUUAACGCGCACGUCGCUGAACAAGUGUACUGUUGUAAUAAUUGUGAUUAUAAAAGUAUAAAAAAAGAUAAUUUGCAAAAGUAUAUGAAAAUACAUACUGGAGAAAAACCUUUUUCAUGUAAUAUCUGUAAAUAUCAAUGUAUUUACAAAAGUCAUUUGCUAACACAUAUGAAAAUACAUACUGGAGAAAAACCUUUUUCAUGUAAUAUCUGUGAAUAUAAAUGUAUUACAAAAAGUGAUUUGCAAAGGCAUAUGAAAAUACAUACUGGAGAAAAACCUUUUUCAUGUAAUAUCUGUGAAUAUAAAUGUAUUACAAAAAGUGAUUUGCAAAGGCAUAUGAAAAUACAUACUGGAGAAAAACCUUUUUCAUGUAAUAUCUGUGAAUAUAAAUGUAUUACAAAAAGUGAUUUGCAAAAGCAUAUGAGAAUACAUACUGGAGAAAAACCUUUUUCAUGUAAUAUCUGUGAAUAUAAAUGUAUUACAAAAGGUGAUUUGCAAAGACAUAUGAAAAUACAUACUGGAGAAAAACCUUUUUCAUGUAAUAUCUGUGAAUAUAAAUGUAUAGAAAAAAGUUAUUUGCAAAAGCAUAUGAAAAUACAUACAGCAGAAAAACCUUUUUCAUGUAAUAUCUGUGAAUAUAAAUGUAUAGAAAAAAGUAAUUUGCAAAAGCAUAUGAGAGUACAUACUGGAGAAAAAUCUUUUUCAUGUAAUAUCUGUGAAUAUAAAUGUAUUAGAAAAGAUAAUUUGCAGAGACAUAUGAGAAUACAUACUGGAGAAAAACCUUUUUCGUGUAAUAUCUGCAAAUAUCAUUGUAUUCAAAAAAAUAAUUUGCAAAAGCAUAUGAAAAUACAUACUGGAGAAAAACCUUUUUCAUGUAAUAUCUGUGAAUAUAAAUGUAUUACAAAAAGUCAUUUGCAAAGGCAUAUGAAAACACACACUUGAGCAGAACCUUUUUUGUGAGAGAUCUGGUAAAAUAUGUGCAAUAUUAUGUAAACGUGUUUUAUAUAAAUAUAAAAGUAUACUAGA